CUCCACUCGUUCCCUUAACUGAUUUUCAACCAUAAUCACAUUUCCUAGAGAGAAUCCUCGUCUUAAGAACUGUCGCAUAGGAUAGCUUUGUGAAGUGCAUAUAUAGUAUAGGGAGGGAGGCCGUGUUAGUGGUUCUGAGCUUAACAUCAGGCGAAGAAGAAGAAGAAGAAGAAGAAGGCAGGGCGGCCAUGGCCACUCAUGCAGCUCUUGCUUCCUCUCCCAUCCCUACAACCAAUGCCCGCUUCUCCUCCAAGUCCUCCCACUCCUUCCCCACCCAAUGCUUCUCCAAGAGGUUGGAAGUGGCAGAAUUCUCGGGGCUGAGGGCCAGCUCGUGUGUGACCUUCCCGAAGAAUGCCGGGGAGGCAUCCUUCUUUGAUGCUGUGGCUGCUCAGCUCACUCCCAAGACUACAGGAUCAGCACCUAUUAAGGGAGAGACCGUGGCCAAGCUGAAGGUUGCAAUCAACGGGUUCGGUCGCAUUGGAAGGAACUUCCUCAGGUGCUGGCACGGGAGGAAGAACUCUCCUCUCGACGUUAUUGUAGUUAACGACAGCGGAGGUGUGAAGAACGCCUCCCACUUGCUUAAGUAUGACUCAAUGCUCGGAACUUUUAAAGCUGACGUGAAGAUCGUAAACAAUGAGACGAUCAGUGUCGACGGGAAGCCCAUCAAGGUUGUUUCCAGUAGGGACCCGCUCCAGCUUCCUUGGGCUGAUCUCGGGAUUGAUAUUGUUAUUGAGGGAACUGGAGUGUUCGUUGAUGGACCUGGCGCCGGAAAACACAUCCAAGCCGGUGCCAAGAAGGUUGUCAUCACCGCUCCCGCGAAAGGUGCUGAUAUCCCAACCUAUGUCGUUGGUGUGAACGAGGGCGAUUACUAUCACGAGGUCUCCAACAUCGUGAGCAAUGCUUCUUGCACCACGAACUGCCUAGCUCCUUUCGUGAAGGUCAUGGACGAAGAAUUCGGAAUUGUCAAGGGUACCAUGACCACAACUCACUCGUACACCGGUGACCAGAGGCUAUUGGAUGCUUCCCACCGGGACCUGAGAAGGGCCAGGGCUGCUGCCCUCAACAUCGUGCCCACAAGCACUGGUGCUGCUAAGGCAGUGUCCUUGGUGCUGCCCCAGCUUAAGGGCAAGCUCAAUGGGAUCGCCCUCCGUGUCCCGACCCCUAAUGUGUCGGUGGUCGACCUUGUGGUCAAUGUUGAGAAGAAGGGCCUCACUGCUGAGGACGUGAAUGCAGCCUUCAGGAAGGCCGCCAAUGGCCCGCUCAAAGGCAUCCUGGACGUGUGCGACGUACCCCUCGUGUCCGUGGACUUCCGGUGCUCUGAUGUCUCCUCGACCAUCGACUCCUCGUUGACUAUGGUCAUGGGAGACGACAUGGUCAAGGUGGUCGCCUGGUACGACAAUGAAUGGGGAUACAGCCAAAGGGUGGUCGACUUGGCCCAUCUCGUAGCAAGAAAAUGGCCCGGGGCGCCCGCCGCCGGAAGUGGAGACCCCUUGGAAGAUUUCUGCCAGACGAACCCUGCUGACGAGGAAUGCAAAGUUUACGAGAACUAGUUCGACUCGUGAUCUCUGAACACUUUUUUUUUUCCCUUUCGAGUUCGAUCAUACAUAGGGGCAAGAACGAGGAAUUUUUCGCUUCCACUAUAUCAUCGGAUGAUUGUAGAGUGACACCAGAGAUUUGGAAGUAAAAUGUGUUAUAUGAGGUGUACUAAGGCGGUGAUCUGAAAUUCCAUUCCUAUUAUUAUCUCUCAGAGAAA